CUCUCAUGGUGGUAAGACGUGUUCUCGAAGUUCGGUCGUACGAGACACAUUUCUCUGUUCAUAUCUCUCUAGAGGACUAAUGCCAGAAGGGAAUAAUCUGUAUUCUAAAUCAAGUGAUCCUGAGUGAUUUCCUGUGUGAAUAAUUCACUAAAUCAUUCUUAAUCUCAUCCGUUAGCAUCCCAUGACAUUUUCCUUAUCCGGUCUGUGAAAGAGAAUAUAGGAAGUGAAUGGGCAAAUAAUCAAUUUCUUGUGAAUUAUUAAUCCAUCGAAGUUGAGUGACAAUGAUUCAAGUGUCCUUCCUCUGCUUCUUGUCUUUCGUGGGGAUCCUUGUGGUCACCGAAGGCACCAACAUGGAUAUAAGUGAGCAAAUGUCGCUAAUGUCGAAGCAAUUGAAUGCACUAAUGACAAGACGUGGAGAGGAUUACCAACUACUAGAAGAAAAUCUCAAGAAGUUUGUCAGGCAGAAUGCCCAGCAAUACACAACAGUUGAUGUACGAGAGGAAAUUAAUCAAUUGAGGAAAGAGCUGAAGAUAUUGAGAGAGGGCUCUUCUGGGUCAAAUGAACACCUCACGGCACAAUGGCUUACAAGAACCAUCGCAGAACUCAGGUCGGAAUUGGCUGAACUCCAGCAAACAUCAUCAGCAUCAUCAAAGGAGUUUCAACAACGCAGUCAAAUGAUUGAAGAUAUCAGUGGACUGAGGGAAGAUGUUAAGACACUCAGGCUUGAAGUUGAGGCGCUUCGUUCAAGACAGGAAAAGGCGGACAAACUAAUUCAUGAGUUGAGGAAUGAGGCUAUUCAGAACAGCCAGGACUUACGACGGAGCCUCAAGUACAAGAACCAGAAACUGCCAAAAACUAUCGAUUACAUCGAGCCAGAGGCAGAUCAUCGAAUGCGCCACAGAAAAUUUAUUCGGCAGCAACUCCACGAACUGGAUGUUGGACAGAAAUCUCUUUUCCGACACUACAAUGAACUUCGUAAUCAGCGCUUAAGUGAGCGUCUACAGAGCAUCGAGACGGAGCAAAAGCACGCUGCCACAAAGACCUUUAACCUAAGCCGUGAACUUGGUCAUCAAUCCACGACAAUGAACAAGAUGCACAGUUCAAUACUUGAACUGCUGGAGGAUGUUGAGAGUAUCCAGAAUAAGAUGGACAAGACACUUCCAGAACUUCGUCGUGAAAUAUCAAAAGUUGAAUUCAAUGCUGCCCAAAUCACAGCCCAGCAGCAUUUUACCCACGAGGAGGGUCAGAAUUGUGCCAAGGCUCUUCAGGCUCUAGCCGUUAGUGUUAGUAGUCUCCAGAAGGAUGGAGACAUCUUGAGGGCAGUUCAACAUCAAACAGACAGAUUGCAGCAAGAUGUGGAGCGCAUCAAGUCAGCAGUGUCACUUCACAGGGAAGUCUUCCACAGUCGAUUGGAGAAGAUGGAAUCAGAGUCCAAGGACAACCGAUCAGUUUCCUUAGAAGAAAAUUUAUCCGAGGAUCAACGACAAACCCAAAUCCUUGUUGAUCAACUCGAACAUGUAGAAUUGGAAUAUGAGGCUAUCGUGAACAAGAUGCCAAGAGACUGUUCAAAUCUUGAUCAUAAUCUCAAUGGGUUCUACUUGAUCGCUCCAGAAGGGCAACACCGACCCAUCAUAACCAAAUGUUCUGUUGGCGGAUGGAGUCUCAUUCAGAGACGUCAUGAUGGUACCGUGGACUUCAAUAGAUCCUGGGAUGAAUACGCACAAGGAUUUGGAUCGCCUUUUGGGGAGUUCUGGAUCGGAAAUGAGGCACUGCAUCGACUUACAGCUGACAAUUGCUCAAGUCUUCGUAUCGUAAUGCAAGAUAUCUACGACAAUACGUGGUAUGCAGAGUACAGUCAUUUCUACAUUGAUUCCCGAUCAGAUGGUUUCAGGCUUACAGUGGCGGGUUUCAGUGGUAAUGCUUCAGAUGCACUGAAUUAUCAAAAUGGAAUGCAAUUUUCAGCGAUCGAUGAUGAUCGCGAUAUAAGCAAUACCCACUGUGCCACAAAUUACGAAGGUGGUUGGUGGUUUUCACACUGUCAACAUGCCAACCUGAAUGGACGUUACAACCUAGGACUCACGUGGUUUGAUUCCGCAAGAAAUGAGUGGAUUGCUGUUAAGUCGAGUACGAUGGAGAUCGCAAGGCGACUACAUUGCGAUUCCGAGAUUGGCACAACAAUCGCUCUAGAUGAGACCAAAGACUCCACAGAAGGAUAUCCUAGAGUAUAAGGUUCAACCAAAAGACUCCGAAUUUAAGCAAAGGUCUCAUGAUUUUCUUAUCAUGAGGAUCUAUUGUAUAAGCAUCGACAUGUAGUAAUGAACUCAUUAACACAAAGUGUUUGAGAUAUCUACAGGGAUUAUAAUCAGAGUUGAAACUUUGUAUCAACUAAUCAUAUCAGUCGAAGAUUUAAUAAAGUAUAUUAUGUAUAAUUCUAUUGAAAAGUUGGGAAUCAAGUGAGGUACAAUUAACACAUAUUUCAAUAAAUUAUGCGUCUCAAUUCUAUACACAUUUCUAUUAAAUUAAAUUUAUAAAAGUUGUAGGUUUUUUCUGUGCUCGGGUUCUUGUACUAUUUUUUCCAAUAUUUGGAUCUGACC